AUGGAGAACCACCACGAACCCUGCUCCCCAAACUCCCUCAAACAAAAGCUCCGCUCCUCCCUCUGCAUCAUCCCAUGCUUCCCUACUCCUAAAGCUCACCACCACGGCGCCCUCACGGCGCCUCCCACUCCGCAUGAGGCUGAUAAUGUCAGCCUCGUGCAAACCUCCUCAUUCUCCCCUAAUCCCCGGUCCUCGCGGUCUAGGCAUCAUCACCACCCCCAACACCAUUACAACCACCACCACCACAACAAUCAUUACGAGUUUGCAGAAUUGAAAGACAAGUGCAGAAAUUGGAUUGGGCGCAUGCAUGGACGUGGCAAUGGCCAUGGCCGCGCGGGCCGGAGGCAUCAUUCAGCCGAUUUCAAAUAUGACGCACUCAGCUACGCCCUCAACUUUGAUCACGAGGAGUCCAACCUCGAGGAUGACCCGCUCUUGGGAUUCUCCUCCCGAUUACCGCAUUCGCCGCCUCGAACAUCGCAGGACUCUGUGGCUUCUCCCCCUGCGUCCAAGGAGAUAACUGCCUACAGCUAG